AUGCUGAUGCUGGACGAGCCUCGCGCUUCGGCCCACUGCGCCCACUGCGCCGCGCCGCUGCUGGCCGCAUCGGCCGCGCGCUGCGCCGCAGGGUGCCCUGCGGCGUACUGCGGAGAGGGCUGCCGGCAGGAGGCCCAUUGGGCGUACCACGAGGUGCUCUGCCCCGCCGCCAACGCCGAGUGGGCCGCGUUCGAGGACCACGCGCGGGAGUGCUCCAACGAGUAUUACGUGCUCGCCGCGCGGGCCUUCGCCUCGCUGCGACACGCCGAGGCGGCGGCGCGCAGCGGGCCCGGGGCGCCCUGGGCGGCGUACGCGGCGCGCCCGUGGUGGGAGACGAUGCGGAGGCCGUCGUACGGCUCCAGCUCGGGCUCGAGCUCGGCCGCGGCCAGCAGCCCCGCGGCGGACGGCGAGGAGGAGGCGGCGUCGGACGAGGCCUCGGACGAGGCCUCCGGCUGCCUGUCCUCGGCGGCGAGCCAAGUGCGGGAAGCGAGAGAGCGAGAGGGGGCAGGCCUCCUCGGCAAGGCGGCCCUCCCAGGAGCCGCCUCGCGUCCUCGGGGAAGGCUCGGGAAAAGCCUCUCGGGUGGCCGCAGACCCUCCGAGCCUUCGGGGGAGGCCCGCUCCUCCUGCCCCUUUCUCUCCCCUCUGGCGCGCCGCCGACCAUUCUCAAAGAAGAACAUGCGGCAUGCAGUCUGGGCGCUGAAGAAGGAGCCCAUUUCGGUGUUCCUUGAUAGUUUGACGGUUUGCCUCAUGUUUUCCGGAGGUCUCCCAUGGGAAGUCGAAGUUUGGCUUGUGGGGAAACGGGGCAUCGUUCCUCAUUCGGGGUUCCUUAAGGUCAACGCCCCGGCUACAGUAAACUGA